UUAGUGAGGGACCGGGAACAUUUGCUGCUUACUCCUAGUCCAAAGAGUAAUUCUCAGUUACAGGAAGAAACCGCUUUCUUCCUUUUUCCUUCCCGGGCGCCCAGCGUGAGCUAAGUCCAAACCCCGCUGCUGUCCCUGGGACGGUGCGUGUCAUGAGCCCCGCGUUCCCCAGUGCACCCCCGACGCUGGGGCUUCUCGGGCUCUUCUCGCUAUUGCUGCUGCUGUACUUGCCCGCGGCUCAAGGUGCCUGCAGUAUCCCUCCAGAAAUACCUAACGCCAAGCCAGAACUGAACAGCCUAACAAGUUUUCCUGUUAAUAGCACUAUAACAUACAAAUGUAAUGAAGGAUUUGUAAAAAUUCCUGGCAAGUCAGACUCAGUGGUUUGUCUUCAAUCCAAUAAGUGGUCAAAAUUAUCAGAAUUUUGUAAUCGUACUUGUAACGUUCCACCUUCAUUACGCUUUGCUUCACUCAAAAAACAAUUUAGUAAACAGAACUACUUUCCAGUGGGUUUCACUGUGCAAUAUGAGUGCCGGCCAGGAUAUAAAAGAGAUAAUAGUCUGCCAGCAAAGCUCACUUGCCUUCAGACUUCAAUGUGGUCCAAUCCUUCUGAAUUUUGUAAAAGAAAAUCAUGUUCAACUCCUCCAGAUCUGCUACAUGGUCAAGUCAGUGUAACAAGUGACAUCUUAUUGGGUUCAACAAUCACCUUUACUUGUAAUGAAGGAUAUAGGUUAGUAGGGGCACAAGAUAGCCAAUGUAUUCUUAUGGAUAAAAAUGUUGUUUGGAGUGACCCACAUCCAGAAUGCACAGAAAUUUUAUGUCAUGAACCUCCAAAAAUUGCGCAUGGAGGAAUCAAAGAAACUCAGGACAGUUAUAAAUAUGGAUCAUCUGUAACUUAUAUGUGUAGUGAAGGCUUUUCACUUAUUGGGGAGAAAUCUAUUCAUUGUACUAUAAAAGAUGAACAAGGAGAAUGGAGUGGGCCUCUCCCUGAAUGCAAAGCUGAAAAAUCUACCACAACAAAUGCUCCAGCAACUGAUGCUCUAGCAACCCAUGUUCCACCAACAGGGCAGGUCAAUGCUACAAAAGCUCCAGCAACCCAUGCUCUACCAACAAAGAAAGCCAGUGCCACUAAAGCUCCAGUAACUGAUGUUCCAGCAACACCUGAUCCACCAACAGGGCAGGCCGAUUCCACAAAGGCUCCAGUCACUGAUGCUCCAGCAACCCAUGCUCCACCAACAGGGCAGGCUGCUGCCACAAAGGCUGUAGUAACUGAUGCUCCAGCAACCCAUGCUCCACCAACAGGGCAGGCCGAUGCCACAAAAGCUCCAGCAACCCACGCUCCACCAACAGGGCAGGCCGAUGCCACAAAAGCUCCAGCAACCCACGCUCCACCAACAGGGCAGGCCGAUGCCACCAAAGCUCCAGCAACCCACACUCCACCAACAGGGCAGGCCGAUGCCACCAAAGCUCCAGCAACCCAUGCUCCACCAACAGGGCAGGCCGAUGCCACAAAAGCUCCAGCAACCCAUGCUCCACCAACAGGGCAGGCCGAUGCUACAAAUGCUCCAGUAACUGAUGCUCCAGCAACCCAUGCUCCACCAACAGGUCAGGCAGACGCUACAAAGACUGCAGCAACUGAUGCUUCAGGAAAGCCUGUUCCACCAACAGUGCAGGAUGACUCCACAAAGGCUCCAGCAACCAACACUCCAGUAACUGAUGCUCCACCAACAGGGCAGGCAGAUGCCACAAAGGCUCCAGCAACACCUGCUCCCCCAGUAGAUCAGGCCAUCACUACAAAUGCUCCAGCAACACCUACCCCACCAAUAGAACAGACCAAUAUCACAAAUGGUCCAGCAAUACUCAUCCAGCCAACAGAACAGGCUAAUGCCUCAAAUGCUCCAGCAAUGCCCAUCUCUCCAAAAGAACAAACCAACAUCACAAAUGCUCCAGUCACACAGACUCCAGUGACACAGCAGGCCAGAACAACCCAUGCUACUGUAAAAUCCACCACAUCAACAACCAAAAGAUCCACCACAACUCGAAGUUCUACCAGAAUUGUCACAACUCAUCAUUCUACCACUACUGCAUCUUUUCACACAACUAGACCCAGCUCUACAAAAUUUCAUGGAAAAGAAAAUGCUCCUUCAGGUGGUGCCAUUAAUAGAUCUGGAAUUGGUGUUGGUCUCAUAGUAUUGGCUGUUCUAAUAAUACUUCCGGUUUUCAUCAAACUUCUUUGUUACUCUGGGAAAUCAGGCUCUUACAAUAUUCAUGAGAUCAACAAAGAACUUAAUGUUUUCUUACCUGAUAAAAUGGAAUCGGGCAAGCCCACUGAAGUAAGAACUUGGUAAAAUAAAAAAUGUCUUCUUAUCAUGGCUUUUUUUCUGCAGCUCCUAAAAUGUUAAUCAUCAGAAUUGACUCGGGACUUUUCCAUAUCUGACAUUUAUUCUAUAUUCUAUGUUCUGUAUUAUAUUUGAUAUAGAAUAUUCUAUAUUCUGACAUUUACUACCAGAUAUGUUUUCAUUUUGGUUUCUUUCCUUUGACUAAACACAUGCAUUAUUAGAAUGCUUAUUUAUUAAUUCUUUAUAUUUCUACAAUCUUUCAUCUUAGUAAAUAAUGCUGGGGAAAAGUGGAUUGUGUAUUAGCGCUUAUGCAUAUAUAUUUUUUCAUUAUCCUGCUUGUGGUAAAUGGAAUGCUAAUGGUUUGCAUUAAACAUGCUACUUCUUUUUCUUUGCAGUUUUUAGGAUUUCAGGUGCUUUUUUAAAAUACUAACUUUUAAAGCAUUUUUACAGGUAUUUUGGAGUCUUUAAAAGAUAUCUAAUAGGUAUUAAUCAGAACAGAACAGAGUUUAACUAAUCUUCUUGCAACAUAUACUUCUUACAAUAAAUAAUAAUAAUAAUAUUAGUAUUUCUAAAGUAUAGAAAUACUUUACACCUAAUUUUUCUUUCAGCAGCCCUGGAAUAUAGUAGAUAUUGCUAUAUCCAUUUUACAAUUUAAAAUAGUAUAGGCUUUGCCCAAGGUUACACAAUUAGUAAGUUUCUGGGCCAGAUUUAAAUUCAGAUAGCAACUUAAUUCCAGCAUUCUAGCAUCCUAUUCUGUGCAUCCUAGCAUGGAUUUCAGCUUCCUAUUUUAUGCAGUUCUGCUGAGUACCUCCCUUGGGUACACAUUGCACACUCAUGCAUGCACACACCAUGCCUUACUUCCACAGCAUAUUGCUUACCUGAAAGAACUUUUCAACUAGGAAACUUGUUUUAAUUUUUCUGUAUUACUCAAAAAAAAAAACAUAAGAAAUGGAUUCUCAUCUUUUAAAUUGGCAAUUCUAUAGUUGCUGAACAAAGGUGCCUUGAAGAAAAGUUAUCCAUAAUACCUGGUGUAUUGCUUUUCCAUUAUUUACAAUUUUCUUUCUAAUGAUGAUGCUUAGUGCUCUGUGCUUGAUAUUUUAAUCCCACUAACAACUAAUGCUUGAUUCAGUACUCUUUAGUAGAAAGGCAGUCUGUGAUUCUGUGUUGAUUUUUUUUUAACUUUUCAGGAAAUACAUGUAUAAUCUUGGCACUGUUGAUUAUGAAACUAUUAACGGCUGGCUAACUAACAGCAAAAAAGAAGAGUUAAGCAAGACAAUUCUUUUGCCCAGACUUUAUCUAGUUUCACUAGGACUCUCAUGAGAAGUGGAUGUAAUUUUCGGCAUAAUCUCCUUGCCUUUCUGCACAUGGAAUUUUCUUACUGGGCUUGGCAUUUGAAUGAAGUAAAGAGAAGAAUCAGUCUCAGAAUUUUAUUCUGAAGCCUCCUGAAUGUUAUUCUGAAGCUAAACCUCCUGAAAACACUAGCAAUUUGCAAAUUGCAGACUGUUCCCUUUUUUUCCUAAGUGUGCAACUAAGGACUGAAUCUUGCUUACCUUAGAACAUAAGUCAGCAAACAAACCAAAAACCACCAAAGCAAAAUCCAUUCAAAAUCAACUGGCUUUCACUGGUGGUUUGAUGCUAUUUUAAAUCUCUUAACUCUAAGGCCAAUACACUUGCUCCUUCACUACAGCUGCAUGGCAUUUCUCUAUGCCUCCCUUUUUGUCCUUACAACGGUUAUCAAAAAGAUAAAUCUUUAACUUAAAAAGACUUUAAUCAGGUAUUGGGAGCAUGAUAUUUUGUCAUACUUUGUACAAAACUACCAGGAAUAGAGGAACUGAAUUGUCAAAUUUUCCUUUCUGUUGAUUACAUUUAAAAGAAGAAAAUCUAAAUGAAAAGACUUGUCAUCUUUUCCCAUUUUUCUUAGGAUUUGAUUAAUGUUAACAUAAAUAGCAAAGGGAAAGUGUGAUUACCUGUGGUUUGUUGGAAUUCUUGGUUUGACCAGGAUUCUAGAAACAAAGAAUUACAGGUUUCUCCUUUUGGUAGACUAUGUCAGCUGGCACUUUGGUCCAUAAUACAUCUGAGGAGGGAAAAAAAGCCUAUGAAAAGGAUCUUUCUGACUUAGUGUCAAGUUAAAUCAGUUUUAUUUUUACAUCCAGAGAUUGUAUAAAAGUGAAUUUUUUAAAGAAAAAAAAAAGGUUCUGUACUUUUAAAAUAAUGUAUUUGUAGCCAAAUUGUAUAUUUUGUUGUCUUGUAAUUUAAAUUUUAUUUAUUUACAUCAGUGAGUGGAAGUUUUACAUAUAUACUGUGAAAAUUCACAUGUUCAAGAUUUAUGAAGAGAAUAUUAUUUUCCCAAAAUAAAAAUAAGUAAAUGAAUGUUUGAUAAUGAUUUUAUACCAUCCAAUUUGCUAAACUAUUUCAUUACAUGUGAAUAAUGAAAACAUCUGUUUGCACUAUUGUACAAUGAGAUUUUAAAAUAAGAUAUGUUGUUUCCAUUAAAGUAGCAGUUGGAGAUUUUAAAACAAACUAGUUUUUAUUUUAAGUAUAUAAAUUUAGCAUUGUCAAGCACUACUUACCUCACAUGAUUGUUACAAGGAAAGCAAUUUGUGAACUUUAAAGUAUUUGUUGACGUCAAUAAAUGUGAGUUCUUAUUAUAGUUUAGGGCUCCUGACAGAGGUAUGAAGCUGUUAUUGAUGUAGAACAGAAGGGUGAAACUUUUUCUGCCAAGGGCAUUUGGAAAUAUACAUAUGUAUGUAUAUAUGAUCACAAGAUAUUCCUCUGAUUUGGGAAGAUUAGAAUUCAGUUCCUGCCUCAGGCACUUAUUUUAUUACCUUUUUUUAUUUCCCCCCAGUUACUGUGUUUUUUUGUUGUUGUUGUUGUUGUUUUUGGUUAUACAUGUACGUUCAUUUUUUACAUAUUUCCCUAUGAGUCAUAUUGGGAGAGAAAAAUCAGAAAGGGAAAAACCAGGAGGAAAAAAAAUACAGGAGAAAAAAAAUGAAAAUAGAAUGUGUUGAUCUAUAUUUAAUCUUCAUAGUUCUCUCUCUGGAGACAGGUGGUGUUUUCCACAUUUGGAUAUUUAUUUUUUAAUUUUUUUUUUUAUUUUGUUGAGGCAAUUGGGGCUAAGUGACAUGCCCAGGGUUACACAGCUAAGAAGUGUUAAGUGUCUGAGGUCAAAUUUGAACUCAGGUCCUCCUGACUUCAGGGCUGGUGCUCUAUUUACUUUGCCACCUAGCUGCCCCUCAUUUGGAUAUUUAUAACAUCAUUCUCAGGACAUAGAAAAUGAUCAACUUAUAGAACUCAAGCAGUGGGAGGUUGUUGUACUUAACUUUCAGUUCAUCAUCACCUUAGCAAAUGAUUUUCAGAGCCUUAUAUGGCCCAUGAGCCAGACGUUCCCCACCCCUAAUGUAGGGGAAAGGAAAGGAUCUAAGAACCAUUCAUAGUUUUCUGUAUCACACCAAAGCUCCGAUUCCUUUCAGCAUCCCAUAGCCAGAAACAGAUACAGGUUUAUCAUUCCCAAGUGUAAAGUCACCCAUAUAGAUGGCCAGAAUCAAGAAGAACCAAUAUUUUGUGGGAUAUCUCAGUUUUAGAAAAAUAAUGAUAAUCAUAAUAAUUAGAGCUGUCAAAAAUAGAAAGAUUUGCUUUGCAAGUUAUGAAUUUCUCUAUCUUUGGCAAUAUUUAAGCAGAAACUGGAUAACCAUUUCCUGGAGUGUGUUUUAACAAUUUAGACUAAUAAUUGUGAGAACUGGCUUAUUGCUAGACAAGAAGUGAUAGGAAAUGACUAUAUGUUUGAUCACUAAUUGAUCCUCCUACAUGAUGGAGUGUCCUAUGAACCCAACAUUAGGCUUGGUUAGCUUCAUUUAGAGUUAGGGAUAUAUGUUAGUAAAACAUCAGUUUAGCAUACUUAUCAAAUGCAGGUGUGGAAGAUUUGCAAAGUAUAAAUCACAGUGCCUUUUUGAUUGAUAAAGAGAGGGGAAAUUCGUAAACCAGACCAAAGACUGGUCAUUUUCCAACUUAAUCCCUGUGAAUCUGCCCAGCAAUAAUAAUCAAAUAUAAGGAAAGAUAGUGAUUCCUGAUCAGAGUACAUAUCCUACUGUACACCUUAAUCCACCUACUGGAUUGUAAGGUAAGAAUAUAUCCAUGAGUAAUAACUUGCCUAAAAGCACUUAUGUUCCUUAGAACCUCCUCAUCUACAAUCCUUCACAAUAAUCCUUGGUCUCUUCCUACUUCUUCAGUUUAUAGUUCUAUGACUUCUAAGGAUCUUUCUAGCUCAAGGAUUCUGUAAUAAUUCAUUGAUUGAAGUCCUGAUAUUUGCAUUCCCUACUACGUUUUCAGACUCGUGAAAAUUCAACUCUUUUAAAGUAUUCCUGAACCAGUACAAAUAUAUUUUCAUGUUUAUUUAUGACUUUUAUUGGGGUUUGCUAAGUUGUGACAAUCAUAAUGCAUUUUACAAUGUUUGAUUUAUCAUUUCUGUAUUCCCAUUCAUAUUAGAUACAUAUAGAUAUAUUUGCUGGGAUUUUUGCAAACUGCAAAUGCCAUCCUUCAUUUUUGAGUGGAUGGGCGCAGCUGGCUUGAAAAUAUAUCUAAAGAAAACUGUAAACUUCUUGAGCAAAGGUCCUAUUGUCUUUUUAAAAUUAAUUUAUUAUAUUUUUAAUUUAUGAAAUAAAACAAGUGUUUAAAUAACUAGAAUAUUUUUAAAAGAUGAUUGCAAGUGAAACUGCAAGUCUAUUAUGUACAACUUGCUAUUCUUUGAAAUAUACAAUAAAGUUAUCAUAUAAAUUUCUUUUAUUUCCUUCCCCCCUACCCUAGAGAUGUUUACUAUUAGACAAACAUAUGUAUAUAUGUGUAAAAUCAUUCUACACAUACUUCUGUUUAUUUGUUCUUUCUCCAAAUGCUAAUAAUAUUUUCCUUCAUAUAUCUUUUGUAGUUAUUUUGGGUAUUUAUAAUAGUCAAAAUAACUUAGUCUUUC